ACGGCAUUCACUUCAACACACACCAUUUCUUAUUGCGGCUGCACUCACACAAGCGUCGCAGCGUGUGCACGUGUGUGCGUUGCUGUUGCCGCGACGGCAGGUUUUGUAUGUCAUCUCUUUCGUGCCGUCUCGUGUUUUUCCUGAAUUCAGUUGGUCUGCGACCGUUGACGUGUUUACUAGUUUGUUAUUGGCGUGUAUGUGGCGUUCGAAAACUCUUUUAACCGUUUUGCGUCGUCGAAUCCGUGCGUGCGUGCAUUUUACACAUUUAUACUUUUAGCUGCUAACGCGUGCAUUACUAGUCCGCCAAGCGGCUAAAGCUUUUGCUCAUACAUUACACAUAGUGACACUCCCGCGCGCGCGCCCACAGUUGGCUUACGAAAAAGUGAAUAAUAACAAUAACGUUAGCCGAAACAACAAAGCUUAGUUGGCGCUAGCUGGUAACUCUUUUUAGCCAAAUGCGUCGGCAGAAAGCAUACAUUGCGCCCGCAAAGCCAACGACGGUAUUUCGAUCGCUGCGAUUCGCUUCGAUUUGUUGUAAGUAAAAUAAGAACGCGUAUUGUCGCGGCGAGCGCAAAGUUACGCUGCGGAUAUUAGCGCGAAAAAGAUAACUUUUGUGCGCGCGUUUAAUGUUUGCGCGUAUUUUAUUUUCUGCUUAAAGACACACACACUCAGUGUGCGGUUGUGUAGGUGUAUUUGCGCGCGCACAAUUGCCGCAGUUUAUCUACACAAAUUUGACGAUAUUUUUGGACAUAAUUGCACCGGAUACGGACACAAGCUAACGGCGGAGCGAUAAAAGCGCAUAGCGAUUUCAAGACGAUUAUACCUAUCAGUGUUACGUAAAUGUUCGAAUGGUAGCGGAAAUAUGCCAUAAACAGAGUAACUAAUUAACAAAAACAAAGUGUUAAGUAAAGAUUUAUGAAAAUUGAUUAAAAUAAUAAAGAAAAAUCUUGAAGUGAAAAGCAAAGUGACAAAUAAAGAAAAUUACGUAGAAAAUGUGCAGUGUUAAAUGAAACACAAAUUUUACUAAAAAAUUAAGCCGCCAAUUAGCUGCUAAUGUGAACGCAAAUCAAUCAAGCAGCAGUUGAUGCACAGCAAAGUAAAUAAUUAAUAACAAAAACAAAAAAAAAAAAAAAUAAAAGAAACUAAUAAAGUAUAAAACAGUGGAAAACUAGGCAAAUAAAUUUAUUUACAUACAUAACACCAGUGCGGUAUAUACUAAAAAAAUUAAAAAAAAAAACACAACAAAACAAAAUGUGUACUUUUCGACAAACUGUGCACUGAAAAUUAUUGAAAUUAAUCCAAAAAGUUAACGGUGCAAAAAAGCUGUUCGCGAAAAAUUGCGCGUGGUCGUCUUUAAUUAGUAGCAAACAGGCAACCAACCACGAGCAAAACAAAAACACAAAUAAACAAAUAAAAAACAAAAAACAAAGAUAAAAACAAUUAAUAGGAAAUUUUUCUUCGCCCUCGUUGUUCAUAAAAAACCUUCAAAAUUAUUCUCGAAAUGGAUAUGACUUCAACAGCGGAAGCUGCCGCCCGCAGCUGGUAUGACAAUCCGCGUUUGGGCAGCUCUCCGCAAGCAAAUGGCCUGGGCGGCGCCGGCGCCGGCUUGGGACAUCACGCCCUCACAGCCGCUGGCAGCACAGCGAUGGGCGGUGGCGCUGGCCUAGGGGGCGGCGGCGGUGGUGGCGGUGGCGGCCUCGGCGGCCUGGACACCACCGAUAUGAGCGCCUUUUACGCGCUGGAAAGCAACGGCCAUCACAGACGCUACUAUCCGAGUUAUCAUCAGCACACAUCCCGUAUGCCAUCGUCCCAUACAUCACCGCAAGUGUGUCGGCCGCACUUUCAUCCGCCUCUCGGUUCGUGGCUUACCAGCGAGCAUAAAUCAUUCGCACCCGCCAGCCCAUGGGGCAGUCCGUUUGCAUGCCCCCAAGAUCCACAGGUGGACCAUAAGGUCGGCCAAAUUGGCCAAAGCCAUCAGACGACGGCGGGCCAACAUUCAUUUCCAUUCCCACCGACACCGCCAAAGGAUUCCACACCCGAUUCAGUACAAACCGGUCCAUCGGAGUAUCAGGCCGUUGUGAACGCGUUCAUGCACCAAGCGCAAUCGACCGGCACUACCUCAAUAGCGGACACGAGUUGUGCGCUGGACAUAAAGCCCGCCAUACAGAACGGCCUCGGCAGCCUGACGCACAAUGGCAGCCAGCAAUCGUCGGCGGCGCCAAAGCAGCGAGAAGGUACCAACAACAAUAAUAAUAAUAAUAAUAAUAACACAAAUAACAACAACAAUAAUACAGCGAAUAGUUCGCACAACAACAACGGCAGUAGCAAUAACAACAGUAGUGCGAACAAUAAUAAUAACAACAACAACUCCGCCUCCGCAGCGAAUAACAGCAGUCACAAUGUACAUGCACACUCCUCCAGCGCCAAUACCAUAUCCCUGAAUGGCUCCAGCCUAUUCGAUGGCACCGCGCAAGCGCACUACGCCAACAGUUUAGGCAAUAGCAGCAGCAGUAGUGGACUCGGUGUGGGUCUUGGCGGUAAUGGACUCACAGCGAACUCGUCGCUUGGCAGCGUCGGCAGCAACGCGAGUGCUAUGGGUGGUUAUGACGGCACCUAUGCUUCAUAUGCCGCGCAUCAUCAUUUGGCCAACACCUCAGCGGCGGUGGCACAUCAUCAGGCGGCCGCUGCAGCUGCGGCGGGUAUGUUUCAAAGUUCCUCAAUGGCAGCGGCGGCUGCAGCGCGACACAGCAUGUCGGGCAGUCAUCAUACGCAUCAUCAUAUGAUGGGUGGUGGGGGGUCGGCGGGUGUGUCGUCCGGUCUGGGGCAAAGUCAUGGUGGUAUUGGUGGUAGUGCUAGUGGUAUGAGUGGAGGCGGCGGCAGCAGCGGCGGUGGCAGCAUUGGCUUAGGUGGCAGUUUGGGUGGCAAUAUGUCGGCUAGUCACGGCCAUGGGCAUGGUCAUGGUCAUAGCCAUCAUACGCACGGCCACGCGCACAAUCAUAGUCAAGAUGUAAAGCCGACGCGUACGAAACCGAGAACCAGUGCGGAGGGUCGUGAAUGCGUUAACUGCGGUGCCACAUCAACGCCAUUAUGGCGACGCGACGGCACUGGCCACUAUUUGUGCAAUGCCUGUGGUCUCUAUUAUAAAAUGAAUGGACAAAAUCGUCCACUUAUCAAACCAAAGCGAAGACUGACACUACAGUCAUUACAAAGCGCCGCGAAGCGAGCGGGGACAUCAUGCGCGAAUUGCAAAACCACAACGACAACACUUUGGCGGCGGAACGCCAGCGGCGAACCAGUGUGCAAUGCCUGCGGACUCUACUACAAGCUGCAUAAUGUGAAUCGCCCGCUAACCAUGAAAAAGGAGGGCAUUCAAACGCGCAAUCGAAAAUUGUCGUCGAAAUCAAAGAAGAAGAAGGGUUUGGGUGGCCCUUGUCUACCCAUUGGCAGUCACUUGGGUAUGGGCGAUUUCAAACCACUCGAUCCAUCUAAAGGUUUCGGUGGCGGCUUCCCAGCUUCGAUGGCACAACAUGGCCAUCUUUCCAGUGGUUUACAUCCCGCACAUGCGCACAUGCACGGCGGCUGGUAUACCGGCGGUAUGGGCGCUUUAGGUGCUUCUAGUGGCUUGCAGAGCGGCUUCUCGACAGCUGGUUCACUGGGUGGCGGCGUGGUACCACAUUCGCAGCCUUACCAUCUUGGUUUGGGUUCGAUGGGCACCUGGCGUACGGAUUAUACGUGAUGGAGCGGGAACAAUUUGAAUAAUAAUUUAUUCAAUUGAAAGUAAACAAGGCAAAAACGGUAACGCAAAUCAUACACUGCACGCAAUGCGUUUAACGGCAAACCGCACACAAACAACAUGAGCAAAUUUGAGCACAAAAACUACCAGUGAACCAAAAGAGUCUUUAAGUAAAAUAAACUAGCUCUACAACAACAACAUGAUACUAAAAGCAACCAAAAGGAACGUAAAAGCCGUAACCGAACGUCUACGCCUACAACGUAUGCCAACAGCAACAAUAUAUAUGGUAUACUAGUUACAACAAACAUAACCUACAACUGACUACAACAACAACUUGCAAAGUACAACAAACAACACAAGAACUUGAAAAUAUUUGCAAACAAAAAUUUAUGCCGGAAAAUUUAUGUUUCACCAAAAAUUCAUUGCAAACUCUUACGCGCGUUCUCCCUCUCUCACACACACUUCCUUUCACAUACGCAGCAACGGUACUUUGUAUUACUGUAAGGCGUUUUGGUUUUGGUUGCGAAUACCGGGAUUAUCCUGUCGCCGCCAACAUUAAUGAUUGCAACUAAAAAAGAAGUUCAAGUGGUGUGCAACAUCAUUAGUGACCAACAACGAGCCCUCAAAGCAACCACACAAAGGAUCCACACCAAAUCGGCAUAUCGAAUACCGAGUUUCGCCUGCAACCAAGAUUUACUCAAUCGAGCGUGAGAUUGUCUACAACAAAAGCAAAAAACCGAAAAGAUUGCGAAAACUCAAUUUCGGCUUGGUCACUUCUGAGCCGUGCGGCCCUCGGUCACGCUGCACUUGUUGCCAGCAGUUAAGCCGCGCUUAAUUGCUCUUCGUCUUCUUUGCCUCGUACUUUACCUUCUCGAGUGUUUUGCAUUCAACGAACGAUUUCACGAACGGCUAAGCCGCUGAUCGGUCUGAGCUACUGUUUAAACCGCAGCAUUGUGGCUUAGCCAAAGGAUUAAAUCAAGUGCGGAAUUGUUGUGUUGCUGUGCGCCAUUGUUUGAGGCGUGGCUGUGUGUGUACUUGUUGUUGUUGUAUGAAGACUUAGAGGAGAGCAGACAAGUGCUUGGCGCCAGUUUAUUUGACAUAUUGUUAGAGGUGUAUUAGUUAGUGGUGCUUACUUGGAACCCAGACUAAUCAGUUUCAAUGAAAACAAUUAUGUUAGAAUGUACAUACAAGUAUAUUUGCUAUAAUAUUAUACAUAUGUUGUUGCUAACUCCGCUGAGAAACUAUUGUAAUUUAUUUAUGCCUAAAAAUAUUUAUAGUUAUAAAUGUAUGCAGUUUUAAUAGUUAAC